AUGGACAGCUACGCGCAAGCCAGUACUCUUCAGCUGCUGGCCUCACAUCAGGUAGAAAGUCAGCAGCCUCAGGACAUUGAGUUCACGGCGCAGCGUAUUGGCUUUCCUAUCAGCGAUGCUGAGCUCAAGGAGCGUACUGAACAGCUCGAUGAUGACAGCAUUCGCGAGGAAUCAAGAGCAGAAGCGACCGCUAAAGCCGAAAGAAUAAUGGCGGUGCUGCGGCACUCUAUGUCAGAAUUAGAGAUUGGUAAGGUUAUUCAUCGCAUUGCUCAGUUCGCGACGCUACCUCGCGUCACAGGUCUCUCCAGAAAGCAAUUUUUACGUUCUUUGGAGUCGCGAUUUGGAGUAAACUACGCAAAGGAAUAUGCUUAUAUGAUCGCAUUCUUGCAAGGCAAUGACGAUGUGAUUGAUCAUCUUGAGAUUGACUCGCGACGGGGUGCCGUCGAUAGAGAAGACAAGAAUAAAAGAGUUACUUUGGAAGCAAACGCAAAUACUGACUCACCCGAUGACUUUGUUGUACCCAAGAUUAUAGGAUUGCACCCAGAUAUGGUAGCUGAACCAACGUUUGUAAGCAUUGUUUUCUGCUAUUGCCGACUGGCGUGUUUGAACUCGCUUAAGCUGAUGCAGCGACCUGCUGCGGGUUUUAAUCGUGGCUCUAAGUCGAGUUUAUGGCAAGUUAAGUCUGACUUUCGCAAGGUGUUGGAUAUGGAGGGAUUUCCGCAUUACGCUGACAUGUUGGGAUUAGAAAAGCAGACGAAGGACGACGAUAGCGGGAGUAUCGACGCGGUGGAUGCCGAGUGGGAGGAAUUUAAUCUUGAAAAUGAUCGUAUUGACUUUCGAAUGUUGCUGUCCCAAACACAGGGAAUAGUGGACUUUAUGAAGACCGAGCUGUCGAACGAGACAAUUUCAAAGAUGCUCGUGGCGAUGCUCGCAUCUGUCAAGACGUCCAAAUUGCACCGCAAGAUCUUUCAGGAGAUGGUGUGCAACAUCCAGACGGCAUUCCCGGACGCGUAUCAUGAGCAGUUGCUAUCCGAGCUCGUGCCAUUUUUGUCUGGUGAUAACGCAACAUAUAACGACUUUGACUCCACCAUUGCGACAAGUGCACUACAGCACCAUCAGAUGCGGAAUGAAGCCAUGAUUCGUGCUUUGUUAGAAACGCGCAUGCGUGUCGGACACAUUUUAAUCAAUGAUAUCGACGAAGUGGAACCAAGUGAAUUGAUCUCAAGAAAACUGAGUCCAAUGCAGCACGAAAAGGUCAUCACGACGGCAUGGAACAUUGUAUCGGUGCUGGAUGACCGCAAGUAUCACAUGUUUUUUACCCGCUUUCUCAAAUAUAAACUUGCCUGGCGACCGAAUCGUUCAACGUUUGGAGAAACGUUUCUAUCUGAUGUGCGAAAGACGCUGGGUUCUCGCGAUUCGGUGACUAUUAUGCCUAUGUUUGAGGAAGUAUACCAGCAAUUGUCUGUGGAAAUGUUAACUAUUUGUCGUGUGAAACUUCGUCAUUCACGGAGAUUAUUGCGCGGAAGAGGUGUGCUAGAGCCGCUGAACGACGCAGGCCGCGACCGCCUGGAAGCUGUAUGGCAGCCAUCUCGCUGCGUAUUCUAUCGCAAUUUGCCGCAUGGUGUGACAAAGAGGCACUUGGAGAAAGCACUUGCUCAUGUAGGAGGUGUCAAACGCUUUUUUCUUUUUGCUAACCCCAUCAAUGGUCCACCGGAGGCCUAUUAUGCAGACGAUAUUGACGAAAAAGAUGAGAAAAAUGGUGAAACAUUAGCGCAGGAUGAAAUUGAUGAAGACCCCGAUAAUGAUGAUAAGAAAAAAGUAAAAAAGAAAAGGAAUCGAAUAAAAAAAAUCCAGGAAGAUCAAUCAUUGCCCAAGGGCAAAGAAUUGAGACCUUUGCAGAUGUCAAAGUACAAAGAUAAGAUCAUUGCGAGUGAUAAGAAGACCCCAUAUCAAGCUGUGGUGGAAUUUGAGUCAGAAACCGCUUGUCGAAAGGCUACGAUGCGUGCCUUGCAGAUCUUUGGCGUCAUGAUGGCAGGGUGGAACGAGUACCGUCCCGUCUUCUCAUCACCAGCCGAUGAGCGCUCGGGUGUCACUCUUAUGAAUGUACCGUACGGAGCUACGGUGGGCCAGGUGGUAGAUGAAGUGAAUUGUAUUCUUGAAAAAGCUGGUUUAAACAUGAAAGUCUCUGGCUUGGUGCCACGAGGUGUCAUGCUUACGAACGGUAGAUUGGAUCUAAAAUUUCCGUCUUUUGUCGAGGCUGCACAAGUUAUUGACUUGCUACAUGAUCACGUGCGCAAAAUGAAAUGUCGUCGUCCAAUGUCGAAUAGAGACGCGGUUCGAUUUAAUGAAUUCGUGAAGCUUAAAAAAAAUUUGCAUAUCAAGGCUAAGAAUAAGGACAAGGUUCGAGGAAAAGAAACAAUGGAGCAAUCGGAGCGUGAUGAAGAAGGCGAUGUUCAAGAUGAAGAGAAUUCGCUGUUUCUCGGCGUGGAUGACGAUGAAGAUGAGGAGGAAGAAGAUGGGGCUGAAGAGGACGAAAGCAAGAAGAAAAAAAAAAGACUCGUUCUCGAGGUAUCUGAAACCGUCGAAGAAUACUUUGCCGAGUGGCUCGAGGCGGAAGCGAAGAUGACGGAAGAGGAAGUGGCACUCAGUGAGCUCCCUCGUCCAUUCGACGUCACAUGGACUCCAUUGCCAAAGCCUAGGAACAGACAUAUGUAUCUAUAG